AUGAUAACAUCAAGUCAAUCAAAUAUGAUUAAUCGGGUGUCUUCAACACCUUCACUAUUGAAUAGAACCAAUAAUCAAAGUGUAACAUCCAUACAGACGGAUUUAUCACAUCAAGUACCAUCAUUACCUCAUCAUAGAUUAAAACAUCAACCUUCACUUAUAGAUUUAAUCGAUGAUACUACCUUAACUUCAUUACCUUUACCACCACCACCUAAGAAAUAUAAUUCUUCAAGAAUAAGGAAUAACUCUAUUUCCACCAUACCGUCAUUAAUGAAUUUACAAAAUCAUCCACCACAACAACAAGACAAUCAAUCUUCCCUGUCAUUAGACCAAGAGCCCGAACUUAAACAUAGCAAUAUUAACUUCAAUGUUGAUAUUGAAGAUGAUGAUGACGAGGAUGAAGAUGAUGAAGGUAUCACAUUUGAAGGUGAUGAAAGUCAAGAUCCUAUCGUCUUAAUCGAAGAUUAUAUGAUAAACGAUGACGAUGAAGAUGAAGAAGAACAAGAUAAUGUCCAUAUAGAAAACAGUCAAGCUAUAAUUCAAUCUGAAGCUUUUAAAAGACGAUCAUCAACCAUUAAUAAAAAGAAGUCCCUCGCAAACUUUAAACAAAGAAUGUAUUCCAUACCCAAUUUCAAAAUCCAUAAUGAAUUAAUCUCCGCCUCCUCAAAUGAACCUCUUGUGGAUCAUUUAUCAGAGGUGUCUACCAUAACAUCUAUAAACACCUCAUCAUCAUUACUUCGAUCUAAUAAGCGAGCUAUUUCCGGUGGUGGGAAUUCUACUAAUGCAGGGAAUAUGACGGUAAGACAGAAUUUAGAAGAAAUCUUUGGGGGAAAAGUACCUGGCUCUGAUUUAUUAAAAUAUUGUGAUAUUUGUGAAAGACCAUUAUAUGAAAUUUCAUCAUUAUUAGGGAAUUAUCGAAAGAAAUUGAAAAAGAGUGAUAGUAUCAAUAGUAAUAACAAUAAUAAUAGUAAUAAUUACGGUCAUGAGAAUUCUACUUAUACGAAUAAUUACGAUGAGUUUAUCUGUUGGGAAUGUAUUGAUAUUUAUGAAGAUUUCUUUAAUGAAUUAGAAUUUGAAAAACAACAUAGUCAUAAUCAUCUGGAUAACAAUAAUGAUAAUCAUUGUAAUGAUAAGUUAUUAAUGAUUUUUAAAAAUAUCCAACAAAAAUAUAAUCAAAAGGAAAAUACUCCACCUCCAACUUCAACCCGGAAAGAAUUUUCAAAUCUGUUAAUCCUAAAACUAAAUACUUUGAAAAAUAUCUCCUCCUCAUCCAGUUCCGCCUCAUCUAAUCUGAAUAACACUACUAAUACCGCUCCUAAAUUCGAUUUGGAUUGGAUAAAGAAUCUUCAAGUGAAAAUGAAUUGGUCAUCUACAAAUACGAAAUAA